AUGGACGGAUGCCAGCAACGAGAGCGCCUAACAGAAGAGUUAAACGACCUCGGGCUUGAAAUCACAACCGAACUCGGAGUGUCAAACCUGUCCCACGAUCAUAUUCAUGAUCUAAUGCAACACCUCAACUAUCUGGCCGGCGGACGUUACGAUGGAGCUGACUUCAGCUACGAUAGCUACAUUAGAGCUCUUGUUCAAAUCCUUCAUCGAGCGUUUCAUCACACAAUCGUGGAACUUACCGUUAUCUCGACAAACGAAAUGGAUGUUCAAAAAAUCAUAGAUGCCACAAGGGGCCGUGAUCUUUUUGGGGUGACCUUUGAGUAUGGAUCCUUUGUAAUCCUAUGCCAACAGGUAGUUCGAAAAUGGCUGCGACCAACUGAACAGCACAUAGUCAAGGUCUGCAAUCUGGCUGGCAAAAUCCUCGUCCGAGCAAUCAAAAGACCGGGGGAUACGAUAUACGGGAACGAUGCGGCAAAAAAGACGAUGGAGACUCUCGAGAAGCUAAAAAGAACGAUGCACGCGGAGGCGCGUAAGAUACUCAGCGAUGAACUAGGGACGCCUUUCACUCUUCAGGACGUCACCGAAGCAGCUAGCAGACCUCAGCCUGCCCCCCAAUUUGACACAUCAAACAGCGAGCCGCCUCAAAUAGAGCCUGUGGAAUUCGAUACUUUGUCCA